AAUCAUUUGGUGGUGUUCUAAAACGUCCUUAUUUCGGUUUAUUAAAGCAUUAUCUUUGUUUUUAAUUGCAGAUCGCAAUCAUGGGGCGCCGACCUGCCCGCUGUUACAGAUACUGUAAGAACAAGCCUUACCCCAAGUCUCGGUUCUGUAGGGGUGUGCCUGACCCCAAGAUCCGGAUCUUCGACUUGGGCAGAAAGAAGGCUAAGGUGGACGAGUUCCCCCUGUGCGGCCACAUGGUGUCUGACGAGUAUGAGCAGCUCUCUUCUGAAGCCCUGGAAGCUGCCCGUAUCUGUGCCAACAAGUACAUGGUGAAGACCUGCGGCAAGGAUGGCUUCCACAUCCGAGUCAGACUGCACCCCUUCCACGUCAUCCGCAUCAACAAAAUGUUGUCCUGUGCUGGAGCUGAUAGGCUCCAGACUGGAAUGCGAGGUGCCUUUGGAAAACCCCAAGGCACUGUGGCUCGAGUGCAUAUUGGCCAGGUGAUCAUGUCCGUCCGCACCAAGACCCAGAACAAGGAGCAUAUCAUCGAAGCCCUGCGUCGGGCCAAGUUCAAGUUCCCAGGGCGCCAGAAGAUCCACAUCUCCAAGAAGUAUGGCUUCACCAAGUUCAACGCCACUGACUUUGAUGACAUGAUUCAGGAGAAGAGGCUGAUCCCUGAUGGCUGUGGGGUGAAAUACAUCCCCAGCCGUGGGCCCCUGGACCGCUGGCGUGCCUUGCAUGCUGUCUAAACCAAUUGCAGUCUCUGUGUUUCUACAAACAGACCAAUAAACACUUUGAAGGUGA